GAUGAGGAGAAGGAAGCUCGAGAGAAGGAGGAGGAGUGUGAGAGGUGUGGGGAAAAAAGAGAAAGGGAAACGGGGGAUGUUACGGGCAGCAUCCCGUGAAUGAUGGACACUCCUGUGGACGUGGGGCAACUUUUGGCAAACUGAGAUUAUUUUUCUGCAGGGCGACUCUUCUUUCUCUCUCAUUUUUUUUUGUCAUUUUGUUCGGGAGACAGCAGCUUUUAGAGCCGGCUGAGGGAGGGAGAUGCGGUGAUAUCAUGAGCAUAGCCGGCCAGGGAGAGAGAAAGAGAGACAGAGAGGAAGAGAGAAAGAGAAAGGGAGGGAGGGAGGAAGAGGGAGCGCGGGGAGGAGAGACGGGGAGUCGGCUACCACCAGGCCAGCUGAGGAUGCUUGUUGUUUCUAGAAACAGGAUUAAUCACCGGACCGAGCGCUGAUACUCCACCGGCACACCGAACGCCCCUCGCUCCGCCGCAGCACCUCUCCAGAGCCGGCGGGACUGGCGCGUAAUUCCGCCUGUCUCGUCCCGGUCUGCCCGUGGCUGUUUGCUUUUUUUUUUUUUUUGAUGCUCUCCCCCCCUCUUCCUCUAUUUCCUGAUGCAGGGCCGGGGAGGGGUGAGCCAAAGUGUGCACCGGAUAUUGGAAAACCCAUUCUUCUUGCUGAUGCUGUUGUGAUAAUAGAUUAUUAUCUGGACAACGCCGCAUCUGCACAGAAAGGCACAUCCGGACCAAGCGAGGCCUGGCGUGAGGAGAAACGUGGAUGUACGAGCUCGGAAAGGGAUGAUGAAAACAUUUUUUGGACGGUAGCAGUAGCCGGGGAGGAGGAGAGGGGCGGAGGGGAGGAGGGGGGUCCCUGAUAUCGAUCACAGAAUGGAUUCAAUCAGGGUGUUCUGACUUGGGAUAUUUGAGACUUUGCUCUUAACAGAAAUCAAUCUGUGGCAAAUGUAGCUUUCCUCUCGGCCUCUGAAUGAGAUCUCUCUUUUCUGCUCCACUUUGGACCAGCUGCAUAAGCUAUAUCAGAUCAAUCAGCUUUAAACUACUGUUAUUUAUAGCAAGGGGUGGGGGGUGGGUGGGGGUUUGAUGUGACACGGUAUUGUGAACAUUGGCAACCUCACAAACUCUUCUCCUCUCUUAUCUUUUCUACCUUCAUCUCUGAAUGAUGCUGCUUUCUGCGCUGUAGUAAAAAAAAAAGAAAAAAAAAAAAAGACCCAGACCGGCUGAUACUUUAUUCCAGGCCUUACAGAGUGCAAACUGGGCCGGUUCUCACUCCAAGCACGGACCAGACCGCAUGACAAACAAGUGCAUGGGAGUAGCCUGCAGGGCCCGGCUUUAGAUCACGACCAGUCCUCCCGUACCUCCCCUCUCUCCUCUCCUCUUCUCUCCUCUCCUCUCCGCCGCCUGUGAUGUGCGUUACGGCAUUACGCACGGAGCAGGAGACACCGUUAUCUUGAUUUGCCUUAUAUCAGGAAUAGAAUUUCAUCACGGGAAGGAUGAGCAGCAAGGAGCUGACGGUGGGCCAGUCUAGCCAGUAUGUGGGUCCUUACAGGCUGGAGAAGACCCUCGGGAAGGGACAGACAGGACUGGUGAAGCUGGGUGUCCACUGUAUCACAGGGCAGAAGGUGGCCAUAAAGAUUGUCAACAGGGAGAAACUCUCCGAAUCAGUUCUAAUGAAGGUGGAGAGAGAAAUAGCUAUUCUUAAACUAAUAGAGCACCCUCACGUUCUGAAGCUGCAUGAUGUCUAUGAGAAUAACAAAUACCUGUACCUGGUGUUGGAGCAUGUGUCUGGCGGAGAGUUAUUUGACUACUUGGUGAAGAAGGGCAGACUGACCCCCAAAGAGGCCAGGAAGUUCUUCAGACAAAUCAUCUCCGCCCUUGACUUCUGCCACAGUCACUCCAUAUGUCACAGAGACCUGAAGCCAGAGAAUCUUCUCCUGGAUGAGAAGAAUAAUAUCAGGAUAGCAGACUUCGGCAUGGCCUCGCUACAAGUCGGGGACAGCCUAUUGGAAACCAGUUGUGGAUCUCCACAUUAUGCUUGCCCAGAGGUCAUUAGGGGGGAGAAGUACGAUGGUCGCAGAGCAGAUGUUUGGAGUUGUGGAGUCAUCCUCUUUGCUCUUCUUGUGGGUGCCUUGCCCUUUGACCAUGAUAACCUGCGGCAGCUUCUAGAGAAAGUGAAGAGCGGAGUAUUCCACAUGCCCCACUUUAUACCUCCUGACUGCCAAGCUCUGCUCAAAGGAAUGAUAGAAGUCAACGCUGACAAGAGACUCACGCUAGAAGCAAUACAGAAACACGCCUGGUACCAGGGUGGUCGUAAUGAGCCUUGCCCAGAGCAGCCGCCCCCUCGUCGGGUGUGCGUGAAGAGGAUCGUGUCCCUAACGGAGCUCGACCCCGAUGUCCUGGAAAGCAUGUAUUCCUUAGGGUGCUUCAGAGACCGGGUCAAACUCACACAGGACCUUACAAGUGAGGAGGAGAACCAGGAGAAGAUGAUUUACUACCUCCUGUUGGACAGGAAGGAGCGAUACCCCAGCUGUGAAGAUGAGGAUCUACCACCAAGAAAUGACAUAGACCCACCCAGGAAACGUGUGGACUCCCCCAUGCUGACACGUCAUGGCCGCUGUCGUCCAGAGAGGAAGAGCCUGGAAGUCCUCAGUGUCACAGAACAAGGGUCUCCAACCCCACCUCGCAGGGCCCUGGAUACUAAUGCACACAGCCAGAGGUCUCGUUCUGUCAGCGGAGCAUCCACAGGUUUGUCCUCCAGUCCCCUCAGCAGUCCCAGGAGCCCGGUCUUCACUUUCAGCCAAUCAGAAGUCACUCCCACCUCCACUUCCUCCUCCAAAGAUCCCAAACCUGGAAGUGCCACCACCUCUCGGCCUACCCGCCAGACGCCUGACCCAAAAACCCAAACCCUGCCCUCAAAGGGCCCCACUGACCGGCCCCAGCUCCACUCCAUGAAGUCCCUUCCUCUCCAGACUCCACGCUCUCCUUCUCCAUCCCCCUCCCCACUCCUCUCCCCCAUCCCACGCUUCUUCAACUUCCCCUCUCCAUCUGUGUUCAAGUCCAAGAAUGUCCACUCAUCCUCUAACUCCUCUGCCACCCCUCCUCCUGUGUCGCAGGUCACGCCGCAGGGCUCACCGUUGCCCACCCCUCUGGGCACGCCUGUGCACCAAAUCCAACACCCUUCCUCCACCACCCCUCCCUCCUCUUCCUCCUCGUCCUCUUCUUCCAGAGCGGACGGAGCCGGAGGGGCCUCGCUGUCACUGACCCCGCCCUCCAGCCCAGGCGGCAGUGGCGGUCUGGCCGCCUCGAGCUCCGCCCACUGGAGAACAAGGCUGAACUCGUUCAAAAACAACCUCCUGGGCUCACCGCGCUUCCAUCGGCGUAAACUGCAAGUCCCUACAUCAGAGGACAUGUCCAGUCUGACUCCAGAGUCCAGUCCAGAGCUGGCUAAGAGGUCGUGGUUCGGUAACUUCAUCAGCCUGGAGAAAGAGGAGCAGAUCUUUGUUCUGAUUCAAGACAAGCCGCUCAGCUCCAUCAAGGCCGACAUCGUCCACGCCUUUCUCUCUAUUCCAUCCCUCAGCCACAGUGUGGUGUCUCAGAACAGUUUCCGGGCAGAGUACAAGUCCUCUGGUGGCCCCUCUGUCUUCCAGAAGCCUGUCAAAUUCCAAGUGGACAUUGCCUUCUCUGAGGGAGACAGGGAGCGAGAGAGGGAACGAGCAGAGAGGGAAGGAAGGAGAGAGAUGGGCAUCUACAGUGUCACCUUCACUCUAAUAACAGGUCCCAGUCGCAGAUUCAAGAGGGUGGUGGAAACCAUUCAGGCUCAGCUCCUGAGUACUCAUGAUCAGCCUUCUGUGCAGGCACUGGCUGGCCCCCCAGAUGAGAAGAACGGUCAGCUUUCCCGCCAGCCCAGCACUCCAUCGCGUCAGAACUCCAGGCGUUCGGAAAGUGGAUCUGAGCGGGAGCGUGGGGAGAAAGAGCGUGCGGCAGACAGCGGGACCGGAAGUGGGAGCAGCAGCGGGACCGUCUUACAAAGGCGAGGCUCGGGGAAGGACAAGACCAGACUCCUCUCGUCGUCCAAUGGGACGCAGUCUCAUCCCUGAAAAGAAUGUUGUGGAAGAGAGGCGAGGGUCAUCUGCCUGGCCUUUUUCUCUUCCUUUCCUCAAUCCUUCCCACAUUCUUUCCUUUCCUAUUUCCUUACUUCCUGCCUUGCUUCCUACAAUUAUUCCAAAGCAAUGGGAUGUAGGAGGGGGAAAACUUUCCUUGAAGCUGAUCUAGGGAUGUUCCCCCACAAAUUGUCAAAAAAAUAUAUACUUGUGGGGGUGGCGGAGGCAGGUGGAGCUGAUCUCUAAGUCAGCCUUCAAGGGCAGCUUCACCCCGGACGGACAAGUCCAAAGACAGGAUGUCCAAAAAAUCCCACCUCAGCAGAGAAAUACAGGAAAAACUCACCAUGGAAACACAUCACCAACCUCUGACGAAUCAAGAAAGCACACGCCCCUUCCCACUGACCAAUCACAUGCAACACAUGGUUCAGAUCUAACAGGAAACCACUCAUCUGUCUGUCAGAAUGGCACGGGAGGAUACCGGCCAAUGAUGGAGCCCCUAAAGUCAUUCUCUUUUAUCAUUUUCUGACCAUCUAGCCGUCACCUGGAUUAUCAAGUCUCCUCAACACCACCUGACCAAACAUGAUGAGUCACAUGACAGGAAGCCCGCUCUCCUCUCUUCCUCCCACGUUCUAAUUGAGGACAAAUGUGUGUUCCCAAGCAAAGCAACAAAAUGGGGUUGAGAAAGGACUGAGAAUUAGACUUGAUUGUUAAAGUGGAUAUUAUUUCCGAAUAAUUAUCAAACUUCAUGUUGUACUUUAACAGUCAAGGAGUCUGAGAGCAGAGGAAAAACACAAAGAAAUGAUGGAGAAUGGAUCUGACGCAGCUUACGUAAUGUAGCCCUAGGGCUAGGUGAAUAUCAAAAUAAGACCCAACUUUUCUUUGAGUGUGUGAGCAGCAGAACGUCCCACAAUUAUUUCUGAAUUACAUUGAUGAAGCUAUGAUACCGUAUUGCCUUUAAUGGAGGAGAAAAAGUGGAUAGCUAGUUAGAUUUAGCCCCAGUUUAAAGACACUAGUCACACCACAGGUAGAAUGUCUCGCAAGUGAAAACUCCCAUUAGAAUAGAGGGAGAUGGACUGAUAGAUGAGACUAAACAGAGGAUAGGUAGCGACAGGUAUCCAAGCAAAGGAAGGACAAACCAUGAACUAGUAGCCAAAAACUUAAGCUAACUUAAAGAUGACAUUGAAAGUCAGGUGUAUUGAAUACAUCAUUCAUCUAUGUGAAAUAGUUAUUGUUUGCAGUAUUUUUUCCUCUUGUACAUACAGGCUGUGAAGCAGUCUCUUUACAGAAGCUAAUAUGAGUUAGCCCAACUACAGUAGCCAUUAGCCACGUCCCACUUUGUCAAACUUUGGACAUCCUUAUGAUGUGUGUAGGGUUCUAGUACUUCUAGCACAAUACCAUGUAGGCCUAUAUAGUGCAUAUUUAAGACCAUUUAAAAGGUUUUUAUUUUAAAAUGAGUCAGAGUCAGAGUUUUCUGCUAACUCACUGAGCUAAAGUUAGCUCAAUCACCUAGUUGAUUUGACGUUCGGUUGACAGUCCUAGCUACAAAAUAAGCCCACCUUUGUCUAACAUUUCUGUAUUUUUUCUUACCAAGGUGGAGAUAUUGUUGCUGUCAGAAAUUCUUGAUACAAAUGACCCAGAAUUUUACAUAAAAAGCUGGCAUGAAAUGUGACACGAACCUACAUAUAGCUCCCAUGACAAAGAUACCCAUUUAUCUUGGAUAACUUGGAUUGUCCGAGUUAUUCCAAGUUAGAAUAUAUUUUUGGACAGGAUUUUGCCUUCUUUGUCUCUUAUAAUGGAGUACCUUAAUUAAGAGAUCACAUCACGGUCUAUAUGGAGAGGAGGAAUGAUUACAGUGAUCGAUAACCCUUUCAAUGUACCGAUUAUGUAUAAAAGGUUCAAAUCUGUCCUAACUAUGAAGGGAAUUAAAGUUACAGUAACUGAAGAUGGAUGACGAUGGAAACGUGGAAUUAAAAUAAAGACGCCAGUCGAAUAGGACGACCAAGUGUUUAAGCUUCUUAGACCCACAAUUAGGCAACCGAAACCCUUCCUAUGUUCCCCUGUGUUCCUCUGACAAUAGACGCAGAAUGAUGCAGGGCGACUCAAAACCCCAACAAAAGCCUCAGUUCUUUCUUCCUCUCUAAAAGGAGACAAGGAGGGAGGACAGAGAGGGGCAGGUUGGGCUGAACAAAUAAUGUUUUCACAUGAAGAAAAAAAAAGAGAAAGAAAAAGAAAAAAGACUCGGGUGUGUCUGUUUGUCAUGAAAAUUCUGCACACAUACUGCCUGGAGGAGGGAAAGGAAAAAUGAAGCCACACAUAAAGAAUGAAAAUCUGCCUGUUUUUUUUUUCCUUUCCACAAGUUUUUUUUUUUUUAAACUGUGCUCUGGUCUUUCUGCAUUUUUUAAUGUUUACGUGUUUGCCACCAGUAGAAAAAAAAAAAAAAAGCCCGGCACUAACCAUGUGAAUGUCAAAGACUUUUUUGAAACGACUGCAAGAGUGUUAACAUAUUUUUGUUCCAUAUGCUUACUGAAAAUGUAUUUAUUUAUCUAUUUAUUUAUUUAUUUAUUUGACAUGUAUUUGUUUUUUCAUGAAAAGCAGGAGAUGGGUGAAGACAGGGAAAUGUGACUUUCAAGAUGUCUGACACUGCAGAGCAAACCAGCUUUCCCUGAGAAAAACUGAAAAGUAACUCCUCUCUGAAAAUUGAUGCUGCAAAACAAACAAACAAACAAACACAAAAAACAUCCAUCUUUGUAUUGUGUUUUUAGCUGCUGGAAUUUUACACGAUUAGUUCAAAGAUGUCUGUGUGAGAUUAGUAGCCAGGCUAAUGAUGUGGCUCUUGGAAUGGCAAUAUCAGUUUACUGAUUGGUCCACCACUUUGGUGCAUACUGAAACAUUUCAACAACUAUUUGAUGGAUUUCCAUGAAACUUCCUCCAGAAGAUGAAUCCUCAUGACUUUAGUGAUCCUCUGACCUUUCCCCUAGCCACCAGCAGGUCAAAGUUUCCACUUAUCCCUUGGAACAUCUCAACAAGGGGUGAUUAAAAUGUAGUACCAUCCUUCCGACUUAGGUGAUGUGCUGACUUUUCAUCCGGGUCAAAAUUCUAAGAAAAACCUCAGAAAUUUCCACUAGCCUCAGCCGCUAACUUGCAAACUGAGAAGGUGAACAUGGCAACCGUUAUACCUGCUGAACAUCAGCAUGUUAGCAUGCUGACAUUGGCAUUUAAUUGCCACUCUGCCUCAGCACAGCCUCACACAGCAGCUAGCAUGGCUGUAGACUCUCAGUCUUGUUCAGAGAGCUAAAUAAUUCAUGAACAGCGACUGCAAACACAAAUGUAUUUUCUUGUCACAUUCAUUCCCUGUUAAACACCCUGUGUUUAUUCAUGCAAGAUAACCCUCCACUGAAACUCUCUUCAGACACACCUGUGCACACUUUAACUGGAAGAGGUGAACAAGAAUGGCAAGAAACACGCAUACGUUUGCAGUUUUAUCAGCCAUUUUGUGUCCUUUUAUUUAAGCAAAUGUAACCUACUUCAACACCCUGUUUACACAAGUUAAGGAUCCAAGUGGAAGCUGAUCUUUUUGAAUAUCCUGUCUAAUAAGUGUAUCAUGGCCACAGGGCAUGGAAUCAGGAGUGUUUGAGAAAGCUUUGGGGAAACUAUUUGCCUGUUCUUGAGCACUCUCAACUGGUUUAACAUAAUGUGUUGCCCCCCUUCUCAUGUAAUCAUGCUUUCUUUUCCCAUCCUGCAGCUCAGUGUGGGCCCCCUUAGAAUCCAGCAGCAAGGUGACACAUGUAAAAGGUCAAGGCCAGGGAGAAAGUGACACACUCUGACACACACAAAACAGUAUCAUAGUCUUUUAUUAUUAUUUUUUUUAAACACAGGGUCACAGUCAGAUUCACCUUACCAUCCGUGUUUAGAAAGAAAGAAGCUGGUUGAAGGAUAGAGGUGGGAAGGCUGCUCCAGUGCUCUACUCCACUCUGAGCAGACUCUACAUCAAAAUCCAUUCAAGGACACAACGGGACCCUUGGCAUGUUUGCAGCCGGGAGGCUCCCGCGCUGCUCGCGAAACUCUCCUAUUGAAAGAAAUCUCACCCCUCCCUCCCUCAUUAAACCCCCCACCCCCCAUACACCCAUUCACUUCACAGUUUCUACACCCCUGCCCAUUUCACCUCUUUGUAGCUCUUGAAUCUGCCCAUCCAUGUCCCAACUACACAUAUGUCACCCCCCCUUAUAUAAUCGCCCCCCCUCCUUCCCUACCCUUGUAUACAUUUUAUACACUGUAUACUUCAAUGCAGAUGCUGUAUACAUUUGUAUAUACUGUAUGCUUGUCUCUGUCUCCAUUGUAUGCCAUCCAUAUCUAUGUAGCGUUCACUAUCUUUUAUCGACACUGUAGUCGCCGUACAUCUCUUCCUCUCAUCAUUAUUGCUCACUCUUCUUCUGCAGUUAGAAUUGUACCACUAUAAUCUCUUGUCUCCUGCCCAUGUUCCCCCUCCACCCCCACCCCUACCCCACCCUGCCCUGCCACACCACACCCCACUCAUGACCACCCCCCCACAUCUUGCGAACCUCCACUCCACACGGUAGAAAAAGUUGUUUUUUUUUCCACUCUGGAGGAACUUGUGAUGUCAGACAAAACUGGAGGAGGUGUGUGGGGGAGGGUGGGUCGAGAAAACUGCUAACACGAUUAAUGAUGAUGAUGACGACAACGACGAAGAGAAAUGUCUGUAGUAUAAUUACAAAAAAGGAAAAGUGCACUAUUAUGACAAUGAUUAUUAUUGCCUGUGAGAAAUAACUGACCAAUAAACAACAAUGGAAAUAUG